AAUAUGCGUUUACAGCUUUUACGAUCUCAAAGUCAGCUGCGCUGUGCUUGGAGUUGCGUUGUUGCGUAUUUUACGGAGAACACGCCCCCAUCUAGCUUUAAUUCAAUCUUCAUCUUGCAUUUAUUUCCGAGGAGUCCGACAUUUCAGUGCUAAGCAACAUCUUUCGUGAACGUUUACUUUAUUGCCGUCAAGUUUGUUAGAAUUCGUGUUUCAGUGCAAUAGAAUGCUUAUAUUUUAAUUCUGUGGCGUCUAAAGUAGAAUUUUCCUCGCCGGUAUAUUUCACAAGCCAAAUAAUGAAUGACAAUGGUUGUAUACACCUAAACAAUUUUAAGGCUGCGAAGGGUACUAAUCCUUACAAAAUCGUGCAUGCAUUUUUUGUGGCAUGCACAUCAUUCGAAGCAAGGAGAUACAAGGCAACAUCAUGCCUGUGCUUCACCUGUGGCAUGCCAGGACCACGCAUGCAUUCCUGCCUGCAUUGCAUCUAUUUCGCCUGCUACGCUGGCCACAUUCAAGACCAUUCAAAAACAAAAAAACACUUCCUGUAUGUGGACCUUAGCUACGGAAACAUCUACUGCGCUCAGUGCCAAGAUUACAUAUAUGACCGAGAACUGACUGAAAUUGGUGUCACUCACAAGUUGAAGGAAGCUAAAUCUUUGGGCAUUAGCGUGCCGUUCAUGCCAUGGCUGCCAAACCCUAACGAGGCCAUGGCCCUCCGGCGUCUGCGUAAGCGGAGACUAAUCAGCCCUCAUACUACAAUCGGUUUGCGAGGCCUUCAGAAUCUGGGCUCUACUUGCUUUAUGAACUGUAUAGUCCAGACUUUGAUCCACACACCCCUGUUACGUGACUAUUUUCUUGGAGAAAAGCAUAAAUGUAAAGCACAAGGUUCGGGCAAGUGCCUCGUUUGUGAGGUUUCCAAACUCUUUCAGGAGUUCUACUCCGGUGCAAAGACACCCCUCACUUUGCAUCGCCUCUUGCAUCUGAUAUGGACGCAUGCACGUCAUCUAGCCGGGUAUGAACAGCAAGAUGCUCAUGAGUUUUUCAUAGCAACCCUCGACGUUCUGCAUAGACACUGCAUGAAUGGCGUAGAUGAAAACGGCGAGAAGAAAGAAAACGGUCGCUGCAACUGUAUCAUCGACCAAAUAUUUACGGGUGGUCUCCAGAGUGACGUAGUGUGCACUUCUUGCCACGGUGUAUCUACCACUAUCGAUCCGUUCUGGGAUAUCAGUCUCGACGUGGCUGGCCCGGGCUCGCUUGCAGCCUGUUUGGAACGUUUCACACGAGCCGAGCAUCUCGGAUCUGGAGCUAAGAUCAAGUGCUCAAACUGCCGUGCUUACCGCGAGUCCACCAAACAAUUGACCCUGGAAACAUUACCCAUAGUAGCAAGUUUCCACUUGAAGCGGUUUGAGCACUCUUCACAAAUUGAUAGGAAGAUCAAUGCUUUCGUAUCAUUCCCAGCUGAGCUGGAUAUGACCCCCUUCAUGUCGUCUCAUCGACGUGCAGUAGAUGUGGGCGCGGACAACAACAACGCUCCCGAGGGAGUGUGCGAGGACAACCGGUACUCCCUGUUCGCCGUAGUGAACCACGUGGGGUCGUUGGACGCCGGCCACUACACUGCUUACGUGCGCCAGAUGAAGGGAAGCUGGUUCAAGUGCGAUGACCACAUGAUCACUCGCGCCUCGUUGCGCGAAGUUUUGGAUAGCGAAGGGUACUUGCUUUUCUAUCACAAGACUGUUCUGGAGUAUGACUGUGAAAAUUCUUAGGCGAAUCACAAUAAUAUUUAAAAAAUAUUCAGUCAUUACCUUGUAUCGGAUGCUCUUACAUUUUCCUAUAUCUAUGUAUUAUGUAUACAAAAAGGAAAAGGUUUUGUUUCAAAACAAAAUAAAAUAUAAGUCAUCUCCCCUCGUGAUAUUAGUGUAGAUGUUUGAAAGAUGUCUCAAUGAUCAUCAUGUUCGAUGUUUUCUUCGGAAUCAUUCACGAAUUUGUUAGUUUUAAGCUUUAAGUAUAUAAUGUAAACAUGUAAACUGUCAGUAGGAAAUAAUUGCAAAAUUGUUAAAUAUAUUAUCAUCUACUAUCGCUAUACAUAACAUGAUAACACUUUGGAAGACUUCUAGACUUAAAUGUUAUAUACGUGUGCUUUAUUGAGCUGCAAUCAUUGGUUUGUAUCUUCCUAAAUUUUCUAAGUUUGACUUCAGUCUCUAUUUUUGAAGUUAAACGAAUAUUUUCAAUGCCAAUUUUAUUUCACCUGAUUAUGAAAUAUUAUUGUAAUAAGUGUUAGCAUUUAUCAAUUAAGAUCUAUUUAGUACUGGUCGUCACAAACGAAAAAUCAUUUAGGCGCUUAUCCAGUGAAUUAUUAUUAAAAAAUAUAUCUUAUCAAUUAUAAGAAAAAUAAUACAUAUUACUAUGAUUAUGAAGUAUAAUUUCAAACGCUGUUGCGUGUCAUUCCUAGUAAAAGAUAAUUUUGUGUUUGUGUUUGUAUGGAAUCAUUUAGAAUAUGCUGAUAGUGUGCGGAACAAACAUUUCAAUCUACCUCGCUGUUUAUCUCAUAUUUGCAUUUCACUUGAGUCGUUAAGAAAUGUUUGGAAGUAGAAAUUCAAAUGUGUUAACAUUGCUUGUGUGUUAUAAGGCUAAUAUACAUGAGCGUAACGGUUGGAAACAUGGCUAAGUAAUGAACACAGUAACAAUACCACCGAACUAUCUCCCCCACUACGGGUCUUAUAAACAAAAAGUAGGAUGACGCAUCUACCCUAUUUUAUAACGCGAAUGUUAUUAUUUAUAAAGCUUUAUGUUAAACAAUUUUCAACACAUGUAGCAUGUGUGCGGAGUGUUUUAUUUUUUUGUUAUUUUUCGCUCAUGUGUAAGUAGCAUAGGUGGAUUUAAGUAGUUCGUAACCUAUGACUGGACUGACAUUAGCUUAAUGUGAUAUUUAAUAUUUAUGACUUGUAUUAAACGUAGUUAGUUGUACGGAUUUACAUUUCUGAAAGUAUCUAGGUAUAAUUUGUUUGAUUUAAUCUAAUGCUUGAAAGUAUGUACUGGCACAUAAUGAAACAUAAUUAUGUUAUUGUAGUUUACACGUAGCGCUGAACAAUAGCUUACAUUCCUUUAGCUUAUAUCCCACAGAAAUAUAGACGAGUCCUAAUUAACAUGAGAACAUUAUUAAUUAAAAUAUGCAUCAUUUUCAUCAUUUGCCAGUAUCUUGAAACAAUUUUAUUUGCAUUUAAUAUGAUUUAGUAAUUUGGAUCCGAGCCUAAUUAAUUAUCUAAAAUAUUAGCCCAUAAAUUAUGGUAAUGAUGUGAUAGACACAAUGUCACUACUAUGUUGCAAUGAUUUUUAUUUUUAUUGAUUAUUUAAUGCUACUCGAUCAAAAAUAUACACGUAGGUUUAGGCGUCAUAAGAAUCCGCUAAACACAAAAAAAUACAGGUACGCUUAAAUCAAAAUUAUGGAACUUAAUUAAUUAAUGUGUGUGAUUGGAUAUUCUUGAGUGCAGAUAUUGUAGGUAUCUCAUCUUAUUGAGCUGUUUCACAUUACUUCGUCUAUCAUCUUCCAUAUGUAAUUAUUGAAAAAUAAAUAAUUUAUUACAAUAUAAAAUGCUUUUUCAUAGUCGAUGUUUCUGUAAUCAAAAUAAAUGUAUGAACAAAUAAGUAAAUAAAUCUUGAUGUAACUCAUCCAGUCUGUAUACAUGUAUUUGAUAUCCCAUAUUGAACCAAGUCCCAGUAUAUAAAUAAUAAUAAUUAUAUAAUUGGUGUUAGUGUUCAAGUUAUAAUCGUAACUGUAACGUAUAUCGCGGUAUCGUACACAUGUACUAUGUAUGAUAAUCUCUAUUCACUGUGGAAUAAUAAACGAAAGUUACAAAUU